AGCAAGGCGUGGGAAAGUGGGGAGGAGGUAAAUAGACUUCCUUCCUUCCUGCCACCUCUCCCCUGGCCUCCCACGUGGGAGGAGGAUCUGCUACAGGGGGCCAAGAGAGGAUGGCUGCUGUAGAAAGACCCACAACGUCUGUCGGACUUCAAUUCCAGACUGUUCCAGAGCAAGACGCACAGCCAGAAGGGAAACUAGGAGGACACGAAGACCCAGCGGGCCCCAGACACAGGAAGGGCACAAAGGGAACAGGAAAAGCUGCCCCUGUUUUUCAGGAUGGGAUGACGCGGGGCCUUCCAAGAUGGGCAGCCCCACAACAAGUGAAACAAGAGCCCAAUGAGGGGAUGCCAGACAGUUGGGACGGGCCCUGGCAGGAGUUCCUGAAGGCCGUUCAGUCCCCUCACCCUGGGUGGGUAAAUCCACACUUGCUGGCACCCACUCCAUGGGAAGAUAAUGGAAAGGCCUUUGGCAGCCCGUUUGAGGGAGUCACCGAUUCAUGGCUGUGGCCGAGAGGAGAAUGGGUGGCCCGGCCUUUAGCCGGGGAACUCCAACAGGCCUGCAGCACCCUGGAAACCAGAGACAAGGGCGAUAACGGGAAAUUAAAAGCGGAGGUCUUGAGCGGUGACCCUUCCAGCCCAGAGACGCAACGCCGACGCUUCAGGCAGUUCUGCUACCGGGAGGCCGAAGGGCCCCGAGAAGUUUGCGGCCGACUCCAGGAACUUUGCCGUCAGUGGCUGGAACCCGAGAGGCAUACCAAGGAGCAAAUCCUGGAGCUGGUCAUCCUGGAGCAAUUCCUGACCAUCUUGCCAGUGGAGAUCCAGAGCUGGGUCCGGGAAGGUGGGCCGGGGACUUGCUCCCAGGCGGUAGUCCUGGCCGAGAAUUUCCUGACAAGGCAGCGAGAAACCAAGAGGUGGGAGCAGCAGGUGCCAAGGUCUUUCCAAGAAACGCCUGGGAAUGCCCCCAAGGCAGAGCAGGCCCUGUUGGAUGCUGGGCAGUGGCAGCUGUAUAGGGAAGCCAAGCAUGACAGCGAUGGAGAAGCCAGUUCCCUUGGUGGGCCAGGCGCAUGGGCAAGUGAGAACGAAGAGGAAAAGCCUCCUCCACCCCAGAAUUUCGAAAAAGCAGAACCUUCCGGAACAUUUGCGGAGGGGGCGUUCCUGCCCUCGGAGCCGCUAGAACCUUUUGAUAGUCAACACAAAUUAGAGACUCGUCAAGACGGCCCGCUGAAGGAUGGUGACUGCAAGCCAAUCCCUUGCCAGGGGGGUGGCCGGAAACGUGAGGAAGCCCAGUCGGCAGUUCACAAGGGCCGGAGGAAAAAAGUGUGCACGGAGUGCGGGAAAGCAUUUGCCCGGAGCUCCGACUUGCUCAAGCACCGGAGGACCCACACGGGGGAGAAGCCCUUCCAGUGCCUCCACUGCGGGAGGAGCUUCAGCGACCGCUCUAACCUCAUCGCGCAUCGAAGGAUCCACGCCGACCAGAAGCCGUACCAGUGCUUGGACUGUGGGAAGAGCUUUUGCCAGAACUCCUACCUCGUCCGCCACCGGAGGACCCACACGGGGGAAAAGCCAUACAAGUGCUUGUACUGCGGCAAAGGCUUCAGCGACAGCUCGAACCUGGUGGUGCACAAGAGGACCCACACGGCCAGCGACAAGCCCUACCGCUGCCCUGACUGCGGCAGGAAGUUCAGCGACCCCUCACUCCUCGGCAGGCACCAGCGGAUGCAUGCGAAGGAGCGGCCAUACAGUUGCUCGGACUGCGAGAAGACCUUCCGCCACCGCUCGGACCUCAUCCGCCAUCGAAGGACCCAUACGGGAGAGAAGCCGUUCAAAUGCCUGGACUGCGGGAAGUGCUUCAGCCAGCGAUCCCACUGCAGUACGCAUGAGAGGAGGCAUGCAAGGCAGAAGCCGUACCAGCAGUGCUCAGAAGAUGGGAAAAGCUUCGGUGCCGCUGAGGCUGGACUCCCCGCGAAGGAGGAAGCUGCCGAAACUGGUCAAAAACUCACUGCCCAGAAGGUUGGGCACAUGUGUGUCCUCCUUCACACUGAGUGGGGUUACCUAUAG